AUGGCCUUUUUCUUCUGGCGUAGACCGCGUCUCGAUGGUCAGGUGAUUGCCGACUCCAACGAGUUCACCGUUGGCCGUCCGCUACCUCCCUUCAAACCCGACUCCGACUUCGUCCCACCGCGGGGAGGAUCAGCAGUAGUUUCAAUACUGAAACGCGCCAGAUCCAAGUCUGGCUCCCGUGUUGCGCUCGUGGGACCUGCCGGCGUGGGGAAGUCGCAACUCGCUAUCGAGUACUGUUGCCAAGCGGAUGAGGUAUUCAGACUACCGUUGGUGUUUUGGAUAGGCGCGGAGACGCGUGAGCGUUUCCUGGGAGACCUCAGGUCCAUCGCCGACCUGCUUGACAUUAGAGAUUAUGGGACAACUGAGCCGGGAGUUCCCCAACGCGUCGCACAAUGGCUACUCAACCCUUCGAAUGGUCCCUGGUUCUUGGUUUUAGAUGGUGUGACCAAAGCCGACGUUCUCAGUUGUAGCGACGGCGAACCCACCACACUAGGCAAUGACAGCGGCGCCCGGCGGAGGGAUUUCUUGCACCUCCUCUCAAACGUGUCCCACGGUUCAAUCUUGGUCACGACAACAGAUAAGGACACUGCACUGGCCCUCGGCAUCAAAUCCAGCGACAUUGUGCCCGUGAGAGCAAUGAGUGCAGGCCCGGCUGUGAAAUUGCUUCUGAAGAAACUCGGCGACCAUGACCAGCAUAGCAAGCAGGAUGAUAUGGAGUUAGUCAAAACACUAGAGUACAAUCCGCUCGCAAUCGUGCAAGCGGCAGCGUACAUAAGCCGACACACCCUACCCAUCUCAGUCAACGCCUACCUGCAAGAACGGAAACGGAACAAAACGUCUAUAAGAGCUCUUUUCCAAGAACAAAGUCAUCAGUUCCGACGAGACUGCAGUGCCUCAGACUACAUCAAAGCCUGUUGGAGGCCCGUUAUCGAGUUCCUCAAGCCGAGCUGUAAGGACUUAACGCCAGCAGCUGCUCUGCUCUCUUUCAUGUCGUUCUUCGACCGCGAUCACAUUCCGAAAUCGCUUGCUGAGUCUCGAAGGAGCGGGGCCGACGAGAGCGUAGUGACCGAGUCUGACCAGGGCCACCAGAGCGACCUCCAAACGGACGAGCCACCGCCACUUGGAGAUGGAAGCAAUCAAUACUUCACUGAUGCCUCUGAGAGGGACGUGCAGGAUCUGCUUGACGCGGGCCUCAUCGCUAAGGGGAAUCCCGGCGUGUUCUCAAUGCACCAACUCGUGCAGCUGGCAGUAAGACACUGGCUGAAGGACAACAGACAUUUUGAAUACUUCGAAUCACAGUUCAUAUGCUGGAUGGGUCGGAACUUCCCAACGGGGCGCUAUGAGAACUGGGAUACGUGCAGACGCCUCUACCCGCAUGUCCAAGAGAUGACCCGACAUCGCCCAACGGAUGCUGAGUUGCUUGGAAAGCAGGCACAGGUGCUUUGCCAUGCCAGCCUGUACCAGUACCAGCUAGAAAUGGGCUAUCCCGACCAAGCUAUAGACGUCCUGCAACAAGCCAGGGAGACUUCUCUCGACCAAAAUCAUCCAGACAUCCUAGCAAUUGAGUGCGAGCUGGCCACUGUAUAUCGAGAUCGAGGAAGAUUACAGACAGCAGAAGGGCAGUUUUCAAAACUGCUUUCAGUGUGCACCGAAAUACUCGGCGGAGAUCACCCUCUCACCCUUAAUUGUAAGGCAAACCUGGUAACAACAUACUUACACUUGAAGGAGUGCGCACAGGCGGAAGAUUUGGGCGUCGAAGUGGUUAACCUUCGCCAAUCCAGACUCGGCAAAGAACACGCUGACACCCUCAGGAGUGAGUUAAACCUCGCUAGUGCAUACUAUUUGCAGAACAUGUGGGAAGAUGCAAGAAAAUUACAGGUGCACGUGGUGGAAACGUCCAAACAGAAGUCUAAAAUCAGUGAUCUCAUCGGGGAUAGCAUGGAGGAUCUGGCCAUCACGGAGAACUAUAUGGGCCGUAAGACUAGCGCCGUCCGCCUCUUACAGGGCUCUAUCACAGUCCGCUCCAUGCAACCGGGCUCGAAAAAAGAAGACAUAAUUUGGGCCCGGAACAUUUUGUCUGAGUGGCGCCGUCAGCUACUGGAAUCAGGUCGCCAGCGGCCACAGAGGAAAAGAGCAGGUCAUCCAAGAGGCAGGUCCAGGCGGAUCAGGUUGAGAAAAGAGAAAAAUCCUUCUGUACCAUAG